GAUCAACUAAGUACUAACGUGAAGAACUCUGUCUGAGGUAGCUUUACUAAAGAAUGCUACUCGUAUAAUCCAAGACUAGAAGCCAACAUGUCUCAAACUUCGACCGAGCAAGCGAGGGCUAUCUACGCAGGGUAGAAAAACGCAAGACCAGCUUCAUCCGCCCUGUACGCACUAGAGCGCCGCUUUUACUGUUUCGGCUUCGGCACCGCCUCCAGCGUCUUCGACCGAACGGAUUCCAGCGUCUUCGACCGAACGGAUUCCAGCGUCUUCGACCGAAGCGAUUCCAGCGUCUUCGACCGAACCGAUUCCAGCGUCUUCGACCGUAUGGAUUACGACGGCUUAGACCGUAUCUUGACAACGGCUUCGACCGUGUCGAUUGUGACGGCUUCGACCGUAUCUACUACGGCGCCUUGUUCGACAGCCACCGUAACGGCAUCGACUGCAGCCUCCCCUUCCUUCGACAGCGAUAACUUUCACACAAGGGAACUCACGAGUCUUCGGAUACGUAGGAGGAGGCAAGGAUACGAACGUUCUAGGCCUCGUGCCGCAUGCGGAAGGACAUCGAGGAGUAAUGGCUCCAUUGGAGGAUACCGCUUUGCCACUUCUUCAUCAUCCACAGGAAGACAACGCAAAGAAGUUCGCUUUCGACGAGGUAAAUUACCUGCUUAAAUUUUCUAAAGAUCCAUCAAGGGUCAAAACAUACUACAUGAGUGAGUCGUGCGAAAGAUCCUUUACCCAUACUUACACCAAUCACGCAACAAACGCAUGUCAAUAAUACAACAGACUAUCAACGAAAGUCAGGCUCUUCACCCAGCGAGCUCAGUAGCCGACGUUGGAUGAUUCGUGUGGCCUUCGUCGGUGUGAUAAGCGAGUGGCGUGUUGGCGCGGCCACGUUAUGGACGUCGGCUGGAGUCUAUUCAGCGAAUGCGUAUCGACGUCGCAGCCUGUCAGUGCAGAUGCGUACCAGCAGAGGCGAAGGGCCGACCCUGAAACUGAUGGUGAUUACCAACAACUUCUUAUACCGCUCGACGAUUUAGAUUCUUUAGAUUUUUUAGGAUCGUCACCUUUGUUUCUUAUCACAUCCAAAAACCUCCAAAAUCCUCUCAUAAGUUCUCCUUGGUUCUUGGUCCUGCAAUCUGCUCCCAAAAAUAUACAGCUUUCGAAGACGUUCCUCUUGGUUCGCGGCAGUUCGUGGUCUCCUCCGUGGCCGAGGUCGCUCUAUCCGGAGUGA